AGACGUUCUGGCUCCAGCUGUCUCGGCCCGUGCGAAUUUGCGCUGAGCAUUCUCAAGUGAGGGUGCCCUGCCUCAGGCUGGGGUCAUCUGGAUGACAAGCCGGCUCAAGGUGAUCGCGGGGGUGACGGCGGCAUUGGCUGCUCUUGCUGUGUUCAGGCGCAGACGGAGGGCCAACGGGAAGAAACCGCCCGCCUCUGAUCCGAGUGGUUUUAUAGACCUUUGUCGUUUAAUUCGCGCCGGCAGCCCUUCAGUGUUUUUCGCUCAGCGACGGGGAGUCCUUGGAGACACGUUUACGUUGGCAUUUCCGCUCAAGUGCGUCGUGUUCACGAACGUUGACGACAUCAUAGCGAUUACAGCGCUUGAGAAUCGCCUCAACAUGUCUAUCAAGAUGCCACCAGCUUACGAGGCUUUGCAUGGUCAGGACUUGCUGCUGUCAAAGGGAUCCGCCCACAAGAUUUGGCGACGUACUUUCAAUGCGGUCGUAUCACCUCGAGCACUUGAGAGCUACCUGCCCAGGAUAAUCAGUGCUUUUGGGGCCAUGUGGACUUCACUGGCAGCGCUUGGCGGUGAAGAGGUGGUCCUGCGUGAUCACAUACGGCGUGCGCAGCUGCGGGUUAUGGCAGACAUUUUGUUUGGUAUCACGUUCGCGGGGCCUGGCGGCGAGGAAGCGUUCCAGAAGCUUGAUAGAGACUUUCAGCAGGAGGUGGGUGCCUUGUUCGCGCUGCCGCUGAACAUUCCUGGAACGACGUUCCAUAAAGGCAUGAAGGCUGCUCGCCGCAUCCGCGGACUUCUGGCAACACGAUUCAAGGAGGAGUCCCAGCGGUUCUCGAAAUCGGAUGUCCCCGUCACUCUGCAGGGCAAGGAGCGGCCGUUGCGAAAUGCCAUCGACGCGGUAAUCGAGAUGCUGCGUUCGUCCGACCCUGAGGUUCGGAAGCUCGGUGACGACGAAGCCUUAAUCGUGAACAACCUGCUUCUGCUGCUAGAGGCCUCUCACGGAACAACAAUGUAUGCUACAACCGCUCUCAUGGCCGAGCUUCACAGGCCCGAGAGUGCGGAUGCGCUCGCCCAGCUGCGGGAGGAGGUGGCUGCCAUGACCUCCUCGGGAGCAACUUUGGAUUUGCAGGCAGUGGGAAGCAUGAAGUAUGCAGACGCCUGCAUCAAUGAAAUUCUGCGGCUGUAUCCUUUCGCCGGAGGCAUCCCAAAGUUCUUGCCGCCAGGAGAGGUUCUCGAUGUGAGGGGGACUCAGUUCGAGGGCCCCACUGACUUGGGGCACGGCGACGGAUUUCUCGCACGCGUUCGUCGACGCAGAUCUCUUCCCAGAGCCCUUAGCAUUCAGACCACAGAGAUGGUUGAAAACAUGUGUGCCGGAGAAUCUGCGCGCUAGCGAAACUGCUCGGAAGUCGUUCAUGCCGAUGGGUCUUGGCUCUCAUAUCUGCCUGGGCGCAUCUCUAGCACGCCUCUCCAUGAAAUCCAUGCUCAUCGCAUACUGCCAGGGCGCCUUCCACAUGCACCUCACUGGCCAGGUGGAGCGCGUGCCAGACAUCAUCCCAGAGUGGAAGGUGAAAGACGGCUGCCGAGCCCGCGUGUACAAUCGAGCGCAGGGCGCGUGAGGCCCGUGUGAAGUCGGGCCUGUCUCUCUACAGGAGGAAUCUUCAAGCGGGGGUAUGUGGGGGCCGGACCAAACAAUUGUGCACCGCACCGCUCCUGGGCCGAGAAUCGACCACGCCGCGAGAAGCAACAGAACGGCACCGGUACAGUGCACACGCGUCGUCCGCGAAUUUCUCCCGGCGCCGCUGCAUCCCGGCAGCCGACUCGAGGAUGCGAGCAGUGCGGAGCGCCCCCCGCCGGAGCGUGCCCGCCUCCGGCGCUGCGUCCUCCGACGCGGACCCCGCCGCUGCCCAGAGGUCCGCGCGGCCUUCGACCCGCCGCCGAGCCCAGGGGCCCGGUGCCCUGCACGCCUCCCAGACCUCCUCGGGUCGUGAAAAAAUCACGACGGGAGGUUUUUCGCUAUUUUCGGCUUCCGGGGGCCCUCGCCGGGCCUCGGGACCGUCAAAAAACUAAUGUUGGAAUCGAUAGUUAACCAUCCUGGGCUACCUCCUGCGAUCUUGGUCGCCCCCACCCCUCGCGGAACGCCC